ACUCGUUUCCAUUGGAACAGACAAAGGCUCCGAUGGCUGGCGGAGGAUGCCGAGCUGGGGUGGGGGCACCAUCAGGCCGGAAAAUGUAUAUUUCUCCUGUUUGGCAGAUGAAAUAGCAUAUCGCUAUGCCGCAUAGGACUGUUGUGACAUAUUGAUGAAGCCGAGAGUGGUUUGCGGGACGCAGGCGCCACGCGGUGAUUGAGAGAGCAUGUGGGGUGCUGGUUUCGCCUCGUCCCGACCGUGUGUGGUUGAACUCGGGCGGAAUCACAGCCUGCCCUUGGGGCUAUGUGGCUCGGACGAGCCUCACUCUCUUUAUGGCUAUAUCGUCGCAAUCCCUUUACAGGAUUACGGUGGGAUCAUGUCGGGAUUGGGGUCGGAUUCCUGGUGGAAGAAGACCCUCUAUAUCACCGGUGGUGCCCUCCUCGCCGCUGCUGCCUACCUAUUACACGAGCUGCUCGCCAUCAGGAAGGAGCAGGAAUUGGACUCUAAAGAUGCCAUCAUCCUCCACCAGUUCUCCAGGCCAAACACUGGGGUCCCCAGCCUCUCACCAUUCUGCCUCAAGAUGGAGACCUACCUACGCAUGGUGGACCUGCCCUACCAGAACUACUUUGAUGGGAAGCUCUCUCCGCAGGGCAAGAUGCCAUGGAUUGAGUAUAACCGGCAGCAGGUGUCGGGGUCAGAGUUCAUCAUUGACUUCCUGGAAGAGAAGCUGGGCGUCAACCUCAACAAGAACCUCAGUCCCCAGGAGAGAGCCGUGUCCCGGGCUGUCACCAAGAUGGUGGAGGAGCACCUCUACUGGACAAUAGCCUAUUGCCAGUGGGUAGACAACCUGGAGGAGACCCAGAAGAUGCUGUCAGUCACUGGACCUCUCAGUGACAUGCUAAAGUGGAUCCUCAGCCACCUGAACAGCAGCAUGGUGCAAAGGCAGAUGUACGGCCACGGCAUCGGACGCUUCUCCAAGGAGGAUGUCUACAAGCUGAUGGAGAAGGACAUGCGCACACUGGCCGAACUGCUGGGAGAUAAGAAGUACUUCAUGGGGCAUAAGAUGUCGACAGUAGACACUGCUGUGUUUGGUCACCUGGCCCAGGCCAUGUGGACACUACCUGGCACACGACCUGAACAGCUCAUCAAAGGCGAGCUCAUCAACCUGGCCAUGUUCUGUGAGCGCAUCCGGAGAAAGUUCUGGCCUGAGUGGUUUGUGGACAUAGAAGACCUGUACUAUGACGGAGCAGACACUGACAGCAGCGAGGGCUCUCCUACAGGCCUGAUGGACUUUGGCCUGUUCUCCCGGACAGACACCAUGGAGGAGAGUGAAGCCUCCGACAAACACACACACUCGCACACUCACUCCCCCGAUACGGACCACUCGCUGUUUGACUCGGACGUGGGCACGGGCUCAGACAACGAGCCGCAGCUCAAGUGUGAACCUCCAAGUCCUGACCCUCCUAAUCCUGCCCCUUCCAAACCCAGUCCCAAACCUCCCAACCUUUGACCCACCCACAUCCUGGGAGGUGUGGUGGGUUUGGCUGAGGUGGUCAGACGGCCGGAACUUCGAACUAAUCAGGGCGCUGCUAUCUGGAUGGGCAUCAUAGAGCUGCGGAACACAGAGGCACAGUUCUCGCUUCUGCUGCUGCCCCUCCCUCUCUUCCCGAGAUCUGUGCUCACACAUGGAGGCGCAGUUAUAUCCCAUGAUGACUGAAAACUGUAGUGUAUAAAUUGAACCCCCUGUUACAUGUGUUACAGUAAUAUGAUAUCUUCACCCCUAGUGAUUGUAACAUUGCCAAUAUGGCACUAUCACAGACAUUGCCUUAUUUGUGUCAGUUGUCCCAGGGUACAGACUAGUGUAAAACAUUAUUAGAGAGAUUGUUGGUGGAACCAGUUAGUGGUGCAUCUGUCCAUGGAAUUACAGACAACAUGGUUGUUUCUUAGAAAUGUAGCUAGUGAAAGAGAGACGAUGAUGAUGGUAGCAGAAACAUGAAAACACUGGAUUUGAGAGGAAACGGAGGACAGUCAUUUGCUGUAACUUGGACACAUAUUGUAAAGAGUGAUAUAUAAAGAAUGUUUGACUUGGGUGGCUGCUCUAGUCUGUGUCUUACUAACGGUGGGCUGUUCUACUGGUAGUCUUAUUGUUUGUGGCUUGCUGCUGAGCAUCAGCCAUAAUCACUGGCCUUUCCAUCAACUCUCUGUCUAACUUCACUCUAGUAAAGGAGAUACACAUAAGGAACUGGAGAUGUAACACUCUUGUCGGAGUACACUUACUAGGACAGGCUGGUUGUAGAGCCGACUCUUGUAUCUCACCACUAGAGGGUGCUGUAUCUAUACAUCCAUCCUGCGGUCUAUUUAACUCUAUGGUCUCGAGUCCUGUCAGUUUCUGCCACUUGGAAUGUUAAAGGCCCAGUGCUGUCAAAGACGUGAUUUUCCUGUGUUUUAUAUAUAUUUCCACACUAUGAGGUUGGA